AUGGCAUCUCCCCAACAUCAACAACUGCUGCCUCGCAGCACAGAAGUGAGCUGCGACUCAAGUGGCGAUGGAGGCGUCUCGGUCAGGAUUGGCAGUAGUGCCAAACACAAGCAUGGAGGCGGGCCGCUGGGUUCAAUCGGGGGAGGCUUCAUGGGGGGAUCCAAGCACUGCAAGUACAGCAUCUCCUCCAGCUGCAGCUCCGGAGAGUCCGCGGCCAAGAGGCCCGCGGUCAAGAGCAAUCGCGCACAGAAGAAGAUGCCUCAGCUUUUUGAGAGAUCCGCCGGUCAUUUCUGGGACCCAAAGUUUGACUCUUCGAUCCUGGAGGAGGCCUGUAGGGAACGUUGUUUCCCUCAGACCCAGCGGCGCUUCCGCUUUGUGCUCUUUUACCUGGGUGCCGCCGCCCUCCUCUGGGGAUUAUACUUUGCUGCCAACCCUUCCCGCUGCGACAGAACUGCCUUUCUCCUUCCCACCGCGUCCUUCCUCAUUUUCUGCCUCCUUCUCUUCCUCUUAACUUUCACUGAGCUCUACUCUCACUGGUACAACCAAGCGUCUCUGCUGCUCGUCAUUGUAACCUUCGCCGUGACCCUGGCCCCUCAGAUUCAGACAUCAAGCUUCAGGGAGACUCCCACACCUGCACUCGACGUGGAAGAGUUCAGUGGCAUGGGACCCUCAUACAACCUGUCCUAUGACAAGCUCCUGGGCGGUAACCCCUGGUCGCCCUGUCUGUCUCCUGUUGGCACCUUCUCCCUCUGUAUCGAGGUUCUUCUGUUGCUAUACAGCGUUCUCCAUGUUCGCCUCUAUGCUUCUGUUUUGCUUGGGUUCCUCUACUCUGUCUUUUUUGAGAGUUUGGGAUGGCUGCAUCUCACCCGGGCAGGGGAAAACUGGAGCUUCGACUCUCAAUCGGACUGGGAUACGUUAUGUUGGCUGGGCCCAGCCAAAGCUCUGCUUCACCUCUGUGCCCACGCCAUCGGCAUCCACCUAUUCAUCAUGUCGGAGGUGCGGUCACGCAGCACCUUCCUUAAGGUGGGACAAGCUAUCAUGCACGGCAAGGAUCUGGAGGUGGAGAAAGCAUUGAAGGAGCGAAUGAUCCACUCUGUCAUGCCCAGAAUCGUGGCCGAUGAUCUGAUGAAGCAGGGCGACGAGGAGAUGGGUGACAACUCUGUGAAACGGUACUCCACCAGCGGCGCCGCAGCUGCCAUCUCCAGCCCUAAAAACAAUAAACGCAAGAAAACCUCCAUCCCUCGUGGCCACAUUAUCUUCCGACCCUUCAACAUGAAACGGAUGGAGCCUGUCAGCAUCCUCUUUGCAGACAUUGUGGGUUUCACAAAAAUGUCUGCCAACAAAUCCGCUCAUGCCCUCGUUGGGCUUCUAAAUGACUUAUUUGGACGUUUUGAUCGGCUUUGUGAGCUCACUGGCUGUGAAAAGAUCAGUACUCUAGGAGACUGUUACUACUGUGUGGCUGGUUGUCCCGAACCGAGGCCAGACCAUGCCUAUUGCUGCGUGGAGAUGGGCCUGGGCAUGAUUCAGGCUAUUGAACAGUUCUGCCAGGAGAAGAGGGAGAUGGUCAACAUGAGGGUGGGGGUCCACACUGGCACGGUACUGUGUGGUAUCCUGGGCAUGAAACGCUUCAAGUUUGAUGUUUGGUCGAACGACGUCAACCUGGCCAACCUAAUGGAGCAGCUAGGAGUGGCUGGGAAGGUCCACCUAUCACAGGCCACUGCCAACUUCCUGGAUGAUCGCUACCAGCAUGAAGAUGGACAAGUCAUUGAGAGAAUAGGACAUAGUGUGGUGGCUGACCAGCUCAAAGGCCUGAAGACCUACCUGAUCUCCGGCAGGAAAGUGGAGCCUCACCCUCUCUGCAGCUGCUCUCAGUUGGGUUCGACGGGGCCGGAGCAUGCGGAUCGUCGGAGCCCCACUUCCAGGGUGCACACACCUGAUGGAGCCCCUUCAGCCUGCACCCUGCCUCCAGACAAAAAGUCUCCUUGUAUAUCCUGCAGCGUGGUACUGAUACCAGUCGAGGAUCAGGUUCUGGAGGAAGCAGCUGUGCCCAAUGGCUGCCAUGACGACCACAAGACCAACAGCAUCAAGGACACUUCGAAUCUGAAGUGCUCCCCAGCUGUUUCUGCAGGGCGCAGCCCCAAGGCCCUCAACGGCCUGCUCAGUCCUCAGCUGGAAGCCUUGAACAACAGCCAGACGUCCCUGUGUGAGAUGCUGCAGGAGAAGGAGAAGAAGACGUGGAGCGGAGGAACCAUGGGCAUGGACCACUCGGCGCUCAUCCCGCUGCGCUCCAAGAACUUCAGGGAGAGGAGCGAUGCUCACUUUGUGGAUGUUAUUAAAGAGGACAGCCUUAUGAAGGACUAUUUCUACAGACCUCCAAUUAACAAGCUGAGCCUCACCUUCCUGGAGAGGAGCCUGGAGUCUGCUUACCGGAUAAGCUACCAGGAGGAGGUGGAAAUCCAAGCCCCAGUGCAGACCUUCGCCAGUCCAACAUUCAGCUCUUUCCUCGACAUGCUGGUGUGCUGUUCGGUGUUUCUGGCUCUCUCGCUGGCCUGUUUCCUCCCACCGCUUGUUUCCCAGCUGAGUUUGUCCACACCGGCCCUGAUUCUGACCACCGGAGCCGCCCUGCUGGAGGCUCUGGCUCUGCUGUUCGCUGUACGUAUGGCUUUCUACCUGGACAGUGUGCUGCAUUGCACUCGGGUGCUGAUGAGCGUCGUCUCAGGCUGGUUAGCGCGUCACUUUAUAGGAGCCGUCCUCGUGUCCCUGCCCACUGUGGCCGUCUUCUCUCAUGUCGCCUGUGACAUGCAUCUCUCCAUCCAGUUCACCAUGUUCAUCUGCUGCGCUGUCAUCAUAGCCAUCGUUCAGUACUGUAACUUCUGCCAGCUCAGCUACUGGAUGCGCUCAGUUCUAGCGACUUUGGUGGGACUGGCGCUGCUCGCCUCGCUCUUCAGCUCCCCCUGCAGGAGCAGCAGCAGCAACAGCAACAGCAACAGCAGCAACAGCUCUUUUGUCAUGUCUGACAGCCCAGCAGACCCAGACCCGCAGGACCUGCUGGGCCCUGAGGCCUGUGUGGCCUUUUUCCUGGUCCUUCUCCUCAUCUGGUUCCUUAACCGUGAAUUUGAGGUCAGUCACCGCCUGCAUUACCACGGCAACGUGGAGGCUGAUCAACAUCGAAUCAAGAUCCAGAACAUGAGGGACCAGGCCGACUGGCUGCUUCGCAAUAUCAUCCCUAUCCAUGUGGCCGAGCAGCUGAAGGUCACCCAGAGCUACUCCAAGAACCACGACAAUGUGGGGGUAAUAUUUGCCAGCAUUGUUAACUUCAGUGAGUUUUAUGAGGAAAGCUACGAGGGAGGCAAGGAGUGUUAUCGCGUCCUCAACGAGCUCAUCGGAGACUUCGAUGAGCUGCUACGGAAGCCCGCCUUCUCAAAUAUGGAAAAGAUCAAGACCAUCGGCGCCACAUACAUGGCAGCAGCGGGACUCAAUGCGCAGCAGUGUGCGGACGCCUCGCACCCUCAUGCCCACCUGCGCGCCCUUUUUGAAUUCGCCCUUGAAAUGAUGCGUGUAGUGGACGACUUCAACAAGAACAUGCUGGGCUUUGGCUUCAAGCUUCGCAUCGGAUUCAAUCACGGGCCUCUCACGGCCGGCGUGAUCGGCACCACCAAGCUCCUCUACGACAUCUGGGGCGACACGGUCAACAUCGCCAGCCGGAUGGACACUACGGGUGUGGAGUGUCGUGUCCAGGUGAGCGAGGAGAGCUAUUGUGUGCUCAGUGCCAUGGAGUAUGAGUUUGAUUACCGUGGCACAGUUAACGUCAAAGGCAAAGGUCAGAUGAAGACCUUCCUCUACCCGAAGAGCAGUGACAGUGGCCCUGUGCCUCAGUACCAACUCUCCGUCUCACCAGAGAUCCGGGCACAGGUGGAUGGUAGCAUCGGGCGCUCGCCCACUGAUGAAAUUGCCAGCAUGGUGCCAACAACCAGCACAACCGCGAGCAGUACCACUACGAUUGCACCCGGUGCCGUCGCCGGUUCCUCUGCUACCGCCGGGCUUAACCACGACAAACAGGUGGACGGCCGUGACAGACGUCCCUCUACGGAGACCUCUCAUGCCAGGCGUCCAACGUCUCACCUCGAAGCCCCUCCUCCUUCUGCAAACAACAAACAACUCAUCUCACUCUCGGUCCAGCAACAUGCACCCCAGAAUUCCACAACAAUGUCCCAGAAAGACAUCAAGAAGGACAAAUGCGAUGGUGAUUAUGACAGUAAUGUUGGAGAGCUAACCAGACUUUAAGAAUUUGCUACAGUGGCGCUUUAAUCAUAACUCCUCGACCCUUUA